UGGAUCAGCAUCCCCUUCUGCUUUAUCUAUCUCGCGGCCAUUGUGGGCAAUAGUAUCCUUCUCUACCUCAUUGCUGUGGAACAUAGUCUUCAUGCACCCAUGUUCUUUUUCCUUUCCAUGCUGGCCAUGACAGAUCUGAUACUGUCUACCACUUGUGUCCCCAAAACCCUUACCAUCUUCUGGCUUGGUCCCCAGAAAAUCAGUUUUCCUGGUUGUCUGACCCAGUUAUUCUUUCUGCACUGCAGCUUUGUCCUAGAUUCAGCCAUCCUGAUGGCCAUGGCAUUUGACCGCUACGUGGCCAUCUGCUCUCCCCUGAGGUACACCACUAUUCUGACUCCCAGGACCAUCAUCAAGAUUGCAGUGGGCAUCUCCUUUCGAAGCUUCUGCAUUAUCCUGCCAGUUGUAUUCUUGCUCACACGCCUGCCUUUCUGCAGGACACGCAUCAUACCGCACACAUACUGUGAGCACAUAGGUGUUGCCCGGCUCGCCUGUGCUGACAUCUCCGUCAACAUCUGGUAUGGCUUUGGUGUCCCCAUCAUGACGGUCAUCUCAGAUGUGAUUCUCAUUGCCGUUUCUUACAGCCUCAUCCUCCGUGCCGUCUUCCGCCUCCCCUCCCGGGAUGCCCGCCACAAAGCCCUUGGCACGUGUGGUUCCCAUGUCUGUGUCAUCCUCAUGUUUUAUACACCCGCCUUUUUCUCCAUCCUUGCCCAUCGCUUUGGGCACAAUGUCUCCCGCACUUUCCACAUCCUGUUUGCCAACCUCUACAUAGUUAUUCCCCCUGCACUCAACCCCAUUGUCUAUGGAGUGAAGACCAAGCAGAUCCGAGAUAAGGUCAUACUUUUGUUUUCCACCAAGGCUACGGAAUGA